AUGGCACCUGUGAAUCAACCUCCAUCGUCGUCGCCAUAUGCCAAUCUCUUUCUCCAUACUCUUUUCUUCAAUCCGGAACCCACUCCUAUAGUUCGCAAACUUCGCACGUAUUUUCAGGAUCCCGGCCGGUUUGCUCGUAAUGUUAUUGUUGUUCCGCCACUUAUUUUAGAAUGGGCCGUUGAUUCCGAUUCUCACCAACCUUUUACCGACAUUAUUGCCACAAACGAGGAUUUUAUAGCAUCACACGUUCUCAUAAUUCCACCAGAUUCAAAAUCAACGGAUCGGUCACGUCGGCUACUGACUUUUAAUAAUAAAACAAUUUUUUCAUUCAAAGGGUUUUUGCAGACAAAUGCAGGGUUCAAGAUCCACUUCAACAGCAAGGUCCUUAAUGAGUACAUUAUCACACCAAGCUCACCAUACCUUCCAGCAGACAGUCAAUUUGUUGUAUAUGAAGUCGCAUAUCCUCUAGUCGGUCGGCCCACUUUCCCAAGUCUUUCCAGCAUAGAUUUAACAUUAACACCAUCACAGCAAGAGCAGUUUGAUUUGCAAUUGAUUCCUCCGCCAGAAUAUUUUGGCGUGGAUUUGGAUAAGAUAAAAGGUGAUCUUAAAACGCGCCGCGACUAUAAAUUACUUCCAAUCGUCUACACUAAAGACAUUUCCAAAGCAGAUUUGGAACUUUUACAGAUCAUAAAUACGUUUUCUAUUGACGCUGUUUCGUCCACUCAAAACCUUGUAAACCUUUACAAUACCACAAUUGAAGAAUCAAUGAAAGCAUUUUCUUCAGUUGGUAGUUCUACACUUAACAAAAUCAUUAAUGAGACGGGUCUUUCGUCUCAGGAUAUUGGCCAAAUGGUUGGGGAGUAUGUCGAAACACAGUUACAUCAGCAAUUUUGGGAAAAAACAACACAAUUACACCAAAAAAAAGAUGCGGUUAUUGCUGAUUUGUGCUGGGAGAUGAAAGACAUUAGUGUGGAACAAUUAGAUAUUCCUGUUUCCGACAUGACAGUUUUGUUUGAUUUGGACGAUCUGGUAACUCAAGCAGUUAAACUUUUCUCAUCAUUGACAUCGGUGUCGAGCGUCGCUGAAAAGGAGAAGGUGCUACUUUCUGUGGUUCAAAUAUUAAGCAAUGGCACACCAGACCGGGCGAUUACAGCUGAAAAGGAUCUACAUCACGUUACCAAGUGCUCUGUGCAUUACAAUAUGGAGCUGAGCCAUAACCAUAAGCUGAAGAACUCGAUGAGUGCGGAUACGUUUGUGUCUCUUAUGAUUAUGGUGAUUGUGCGAUCUGAGAUGGUCAAUAUUCAUAGUUUACUAUUUUACAUUCGAAAAUUUUCAUUCAAUGAGGUGGAAAUGGGUCACCUUGGGUACGCUCUUUCCACGCUUGAGGCAGCGGCGUACCAUAUUUCGAACCAUGGAAAGAAGAUUGCCAAAUUGUCACAUUUAAAUAAGAGAUUUUUCGAGUGCUUGCCAUCACCAUCGCAGACCAAAGAGUUUAUAGAAACAUUACGACAUAACAAGCCAAAGUAUUGGAAGUCUGUUAUUCGAAGCCGAUCUCACAAUAAUUUAACUGCAUUAACAACUGUGCUACAAGAGUUGGCAAAGAAUGGGACUUUUGUGGAUGAGAUCCUUGAAUUUUUAAAUUAUUUGUUUGAUUUACAAGACGACAAUGGCGACGAAGUUUUUGAUAUCGGGUUUGUUAUUGGAGACCGAGAUAGCCAAGGAUCAUCGUUAUUUUUAUUAGCAUUAGACACAGAGGAUGCGGAUGUGAUAUUUUCUGUGUUGGGCAAGAUUGACCCCCUUAAUGAUUGCGAAAUGGCGCAGUAUUUUGCGCGUGUCAAUAAUAUGAAACGGUCAGUCGGGCACUAUAUUUUCCAUGCACACUGGUUAAUUCCUGAGAUUGGACACCUUGUGGACUGGGAGCAACGUGAUCUUGCAGGUCAGUCGCCAUUAUUUGCACUGUGCCGGUGCUACGACCACCCCAACUACAGCGAUCUUGUUGAGUUUAGUUUAAAGGCAUGGGAAAAGUCACCCAAGAGUCAAAAGCCGCUGAAUUUGAUGGCACAUCAAGAUUUAAAAGAUAAUACACUACUGCAUAUUGUCAAGAGUCCUGAAGCUGUUAAGCAUUUACUAAAGUAUGAAAGUAUAGAUGUGAACUGGCCAAACGAAGCUGGGUUUUCCCCAUUAAUGGUCUACAGCAAGUUUUCGAGGCUGGAGGCGCUACAAGUACUUUUGCAAGAUGAGCGGGUUAAUAAGCUUCAAGAGAGUGCGAAUGGGACCAAUGCGCUUGAAAUUGCAAAAGAAUCAGAUACAAUCCGGUAUCUUGAAAGUGAGUACAUUCCUGAAGAAGACCGGAGCAUGUCGUUGACUGCGGUGAUGACCAUGUCUUUAAGUCCUGGUAAUGGGUUUAAUGGUGGAGCCAGUGAUACUGCAACAUGUGUGCUACGAACUUCUUUGAGUAAAGGUCGGCUGUAUUUCAUUAUUACAACGGGGAAGAGGGGAGAUCCAGGAAGCGUGAUUUCAGUUCGACGGUCUUUUGAUGACUUUAAGUUUUUAGCCAAGUGGCUUGGGUACGAGAACCCUUACUCAUGGGUACCACCACUGCCUGUUCCUUCAGGUGGGAGUGGGCCCAAAGUUUUGCAUGGGAAAACCGUGUACCAACUUUUUCAUGAGAUUCAAACGCGGCUCAAUGUUUUUUUGAGAACUUUGAUGGCCCAUCCGACAUUUGGUGCGCACGAGUUGCUAUGGGAAUUUGUGCUUGUACAAGACAUUUCACGAGAUUCGGUGAUUGAACGGUGCCGGAGGAAGCUGCAGAAUGCACAGGAGAGCCAGAUGGAGAAAGAAGCUGCGGCUGCGUCAUUAUCGUCUGUGUCGUCGUCCGCUUCGUUGUCGUCGUUGUCACCGUCGUCAAUUUCGGUGGUGACACCUGUGACAAAAUCAGGGGGGGCAGAGGAGGAGGAGGAGGAGGAGGAAGGGGAGGAAGAGGAGGGAGAGGAAGAGCAGGGGGAGAAUGGUAAAGUGUCAUCUUCAGGAGGACCUAGGGCCACGCGGCCUGGGGGGCCACUUGGACGCACGUGGUCAAUUUCAUCAGUAUCUUCGGACACUGGGGAAGAGGAAGAGGGGGAGCGAAGGGCAGGUGAAAGAGAAGAAGAAUUAAAACAGACGUUACUUGCAAGGAACCAAAAAACACAAGCUACGUUACGAGAGGAGAAGGCACAGCGAGAGCGACAGCAACGGAAACAGGGGGGUGGAGCAGGAAGCGCGGUAUUUUUUUAUCGAAGCGAGGACUUGGAGCCGAUUUCGUAUUUCUUGGAGUAUGCUCAGGAGCAGUUGACUGGUCUUGGACAAUCGACGGAAGCGUUACAUCAGGGAGCACAGAAAAUGUGCCUUGCAGUUGAUAGUCAUAAUGAAGCUGUGGAGGAGUUUUUCAAAAUGAUUUCAAGAUUUGCAGGGGUGAUGAGUGGUAGUAGUAGUGGUAGUAGUGGUAGUAGUGGUGGAGGAGGAGGAGGAGGAGGAGGAGGAGUUGAUGGAGAAGACGGUCAUGAAGUUACUCGACGUAAAACAGCCAUGCUAGGGUUAGAGUACCCACGACAGGCGUACUCUGAGCUGAGUGUGUCGCUCAAUAGUCUUGCACAGAUAGUGGAAUCUGGGGCACGUACAUUGGCGGCCCCCCUUGCGAUGGUAAGUCAGUUAGGUGAACGAGAGACAGCUUUAGGGGUAUUACACCGACAGGCUGAGAAGCUAGCAGGAGGGGCUGGGGAAGGUAAUGAAGGAUCAGGAGGGUCACGAAGUCCAUGGGCAGCGCUGAGCGCUGGGAUGAGUAGAGGGUUAAUGUUUGAAGAGAAGCGAGUCCGGGAGAUGAAUGAAACCAAUGACCGGAUCUAUGUAUGUCAGAAUGAGAUUAAUCGGUUGUCGACGGAUAUUCACCGGUACCAUGAGACGCUGGCGUCGGAGGUUGGCGCGUUGUUGACGGUUCAUGAGGCGGAACUGAGGAGACAUAUUAGAACAUUUUCAGACCAUGUGUUGCAUUCACAUAAAACUUCGUUGGACCGGUUACAACGGGUGCGGAGGGAGAUUCUUGAUGAGAGGAAGUGA